GUUUUUCACCAGGUUUGCACACACUGCAGGAGGGAUUUUGUCCCACUCCUCCACACAGAUCUUCUAUAGAUCAGUCAGGUUUCUGGCCUGUCGCUGAGAAACACGGAGUUUGAGGUCCCUCCAAAGAUUCUCUAUUGGGUUUAGGUCUGGAGACUGGCUAGAUCACGCCAGCACUUUGAUAUGCUUCUUACAGAGCCACUCCUUGGUUAUCCUGGCUGUGUGCUUCGGGUCAUUGUCAUGUUGGAAGACCCAGCCUUGACCCAUAUUCAAUCCUCUAACUGAGGGAAGGAGGUUGUUCCCCAAAAUCUUGCAAUACAUGUCCCCGGUCAUCCUCCCCUUAAUACAGUGCAGUUGCCCUGUCCCAUGUGCAGAAAAACACACCCAAAGCAUGAUAAUACCACCCCCAUGAUUCACAGUAGGGAUGGUGUUCUUGGGAUGGUACUCAUCAUUCUUCUUCCUCCAAACAUGUUUAGUGCAAUUAUGACCAAAAAGUUCUAUUUUGGUCUCAUCUGACCACAUGACUUUCUCCCAUGACUUCUCUGGAUCAUCCAAAUGGUCAUUGGCAAACUUAAGACGGUCCUGGACAUGUGCUGGUUUAAGCAGGGGAACCUUCCGUGCCAUGCAUGAUUUCAAACCAUGACGUCUUAGUGUAUUACCAACAGUAACCUUGGAAAUGGUGGUCCCAGCUCUUUUCAGGUCAUUGACCACCUCCCGUGUAGUUCUGGGCUGAUUUCUCACCUUUCUUAGGAUCAUUGAGAUCCCACGAUGUGAGAUCUUGCAUGGAUCCCCAGUCUGAGGGAGAUUGACAGUCACGUUUAGUUUCUUCCAUUUUCUAAUGAUUGCUCCAACAGAGGACCUUUUUUAACCAAGAUUCUUUCCCCGUAGUCUUUCCCAGCCUUGUGGAGGUGUACAAUUUUGUCUCUAGUGUCUUUGGACAGCUCUUUGGUCUUGGCCAUGUUAGUAGUUGGAUUCUUACUGAUUGUAUGGGGUGGACAGGUGUCUUUAUGCAGCUAAUGACCUCAAACAGGUGCAUCUAAUUUAGGAUAAUAAUUGGAGUGGAGGUGGACAUUUUAAAGGCAGACUAACAGGUCUUUGAGGGGCAGAAUUCUAGCUGAUAAACAGGUGUUCAAAAUUUUUAGAUUGGAUCUCUCACAGUGGACAUCUGAAGACUCGAUUGUCUUCAGAUCACAUUUUUAGAUAUUUUUGAUGAAAACUGGAAGACUUGUGACUGUCCCAUAACUGCAGUUUAAUUUUCACAAUCAAGCCCAGAAAAGAAUGAAAGACAUCGCCAAAAAAAGGCCCACCAGUAGUUUAAUAGUAAUAUUAUGAAAGUGAUGCGAACACUUUUGUGCACAAAGAAAACAAAACUAAUAAUUGUAUUUAACAAUUUGUUCUCCUCCUUGGUGCGCGUUCAUAUGCAGACUACAGUGCAUGCGGCUGAUGUCUUCUGCUGAUGUAGUUGCCAGUGUACAGACACAGAACACACUGGCAUUUAUUUGGGCUGUUUAAAUAUUGUUUACAAGGUUCGCAUAAUGGCUUAAAUAAAGAAAUAACGGAAAAAAUAUUGGCAACUACGUCAUAUGAUAAAAUAUAAAUUUUGGGUUGAACUUUGGGGUCAAAUGUCCUAAAACAUCUAAACAAUGUCUUAUGCUAAUAAUAGUAUAAGUGGAAAAAUUGGCCUGUUGCAUUAUUCAAAAAUAAUGCACAUCACUUUACCUUGUGGCUGCAAAAUAAGUAUUAAACACGUCACCAUUUUUUAGUAGAUAUUUCUGAAGGUACUACUGAAAUGAAAUUUUCACCCGAUGUUUUUAGCAACCCAAGCAAUCCACACAUCAGUCCACAGAAACCAGACCAUAAAUGUCUAUAAAUUAAGUUGUGUGUAAUCCUGUAAAACGUCACAGGGAAAGUAUUGUUGCUUUGCUUAUUUUGUUCAAAAGCACGAUUAAUGUAAGUCUACAUAUCAUACUAACAAGGAACUAUUCUUCACAGCUCAAGAGCUGUCGUUCACACCACACAAGUUUGUGAAUGUACACUGGAAACACCUGAAUCAUUGAACUAUGCUGUAAAGACGGGAAUUGCGACCAUAGUUGGCUAACCAUACUUUUGGGAAACGCACCCUACCCUGUACUUUCUUCUGCAAAACACAAAAGAAAAUAUUUUGAAGAAUGUUGGUAUUUGAUAAACAAUAUUGGCCGCCAGGCUUCAUUGACUUACAUUGUAUGGACCCAGAACCACUAAACAUUUCUCAAAAUAUUUUCUCCUGUGUUUCACAGAAGAAAUGAAGUCAUACAGGCUUUAAACCACGUGAGGUUGAAUAAAUGAUGACAACAUUUGUAUUUUUAAAUUAAUUGUUGCUUUGGCUUAUUCCCGGAUCUGAACAAAGAAACUGCUUUAAUUCAAAACCAACUAUUGCAAACACAAGAGUUUUAUAUAAUAAUCUUUGUUAAAUAUAUGUGUGCCAUCAUUAUUGGCACCCUUUUAGUCAAUGCAUUGAGCUAAUGAGGAGAAUACAUGACAAGGGAUCUACAUUUCAGAAAUAUAAUAAAAAUAUACAUUGCGAAAGUUGAUUGAUUUAUUUCUGAAAUCAUUUCAAUUCAGUUUUAAGAAAUACAACAUAUAAAAGUGUAUAAAACCAGCAAAAGCAAUGUUAACUGCUGCCAUUAAAAGUGUGAAUAACAAAGAAGAAAAAUGAAAAGAAUGCAAAAAAUGUUUUUACAGUAAACCACAUCCCUAAGAGAAACCUGUUUGUUAAAUAUGUGAUCUGUUUGGUUUAAAGGUAUAAAUGUAGUGAAGCUGCAUUAGGUUUGAUCUGUGUCUCUGUGUGUGUUUGUGAGAUGGCAGAAGCCAGUAUAUCAUGGGCUCAGGAUCAGUUCAAAUGUUCAGUAUGUCGGGAUCUCCUGAAUGAUCCAGUGACUGUUCCCUGUGGACACACUUACUGUAUGAGAUGUAUCACAGACUGCUGGAAUCAAGAUGAUCUUAGAGGAAUCUACAGAUGUCCUGAAUGCAGAAAGACCUUCAGUCCACGACCUGUUUUAGGGAAGAAUGUGGUGGUCGCUGAGAUGGUGGAGAAACUGAAGAAGACAAGAAUUGAAGUUAGUGGAGAUGUGAAGUGUGACGUCUGCACUGGAAGAAAACUCAAAGCCAUCAAAUCCUGUCUGAUGUGUCUGAACUCUUACUGUCAAACUCAUCUUGAUCAGCAUGAGAAUUUCUUCAGAGGUAAAAGACACAACUUGGUAGAAGCCACCGGACAACUGCAGGAGAUGAUCUGCACUCGCCAUGAUAAAAUGAUGGAGAUUUAUUGUAAUCGAUGUCAGCUGUGUGUUUGCAUGUUGUGUAUGGUGGAUGAACACAGAAAUCAUGAUACUGUAUCCAUAUCAACAGCAAGCGCAGAGAAACAGACUCAGUUAGAAGAAACACAGAAUGAACUUCAUCAGAAGAUCCAGGAGAAAAAGAAAGAUCUUCAGAAGCUCAGAGAGACGGUGGAGUCUUAUAAGCGAUCUGCACAGACAGCAGUGGAUGACUGUGAGAUGAUAUUUACUCAACUGAUCUCUGAAGUAACACAACUGAUCAGAGAUCAGGAGAAAACUGCAGUGAGUCGAGCUGAAGGACUUAUGGAGGGACUGAAGCGAGAGAUUGAAGAUUUAAAGAGGAAAGAUGCUGAAAAAAAGACGCUUUCACAAACACAAGUUCACUUUCCGUUUCUUAAGAGUUUCCAGUCUCUUUCUCUCUCUGGAUCUACAGAAAACUUGAAUAUCACUCCCGACGUCUCUUUUGAUGCUGCUAUGAAAUCUAUCACUCAGUACAGAGAGAAACUGCAGCGUUUCUGCAUAGAAGAGAUGAAGAAGAUUUCUGUGAAAAAACCCCAGAUGAGUUUGACCCCUGAACCCGAAAACAGGAGGGAAUUCCUACAAUGUUUCCAUAAGUUCACUAUGGAUCCAAACUAUAAUUACCUCAAACUGUUAAACUGGAAACAAAAGGCUACAUAUGCUGAUCCACAGCUGCAGUAUCUGGAUCAUCCAGACAGAUUUUACACCUGGACCCAGGUGUGGUGUACAGAAGCUGUGAGUGGCCGCUGUUAUUGGGAGAUGGAUUGGAGUGGACAGGGGAGGUCAGGUGUGGGUAUAGCAGUGGCAUAUAAGAGCAUCAGUAGGAAAGGAAAUCAUCUUGAAUGUGCAGCUGGACGAAACGAUCAAUCCUGGAGUCUUUACUGCUGUCCAAAUUAUUGUUCAUUCAUUCACAAUAACAUGGAGACGAUUGUUUCUCUUUCCCCGACCAGCCGUAGAGUAGGAGUGUAUGUGGAUCCCAGUGCAGGAAUAUUAUCUUUCUACAGCAUCUCAGACACAAUGACCCUCAUUCACAGAGUUCAGACAACAUUCACUCAACCUCUCUAUCCUAUGUUUGAACUUGAUGAACACUCAACAUUAGUACUGUCAUGUAACAUUGUUAGUGAUAUUGAUAUUCUGGCUGCAUUAUUGUCAUUUUAAAGUUGCAGGAUUAAUCCCUAAAAGGUCAUUCACACACUGAUUUUUGCCAUUCAUCAGAUCAGUGUCAAUUCUUACUGUUUAUACUAUAAAUUAAAAAUAAUGCCAGCUGUAAUGAUCAAACUUUCACAUGGUUUUGGUUGCAUAGCAGUGCAGGAUUAAGAGCUGAUCAUGGGGAUUAAAUGUUAAUGUCUUUAAAGCUCUUUAAAGAAAUCAAUCAGGUUUUUAUACAUUUGGUGUACAUUUUUAACUAAUCUCAUAUUUGUGUGAGUCAAAACAAUCAUUUUAUGGUGAACUUACUCUACAAACCUCAUGUAACAUUUAAAACUGCUAAAAAUGCUGUUUUGAUGCUACUAGAUCAUACAGCCGCCUUUGAUACAGUAGAUCAUGAUGUACUUUUUUGGUGUUUAGAGCGUUUGAUUGGUAUCAAGGGUGUCACCUUACAGUGAUUCACCUCAUAUGUUAGAAACAGGUUCUUUUCUGCAUCAUUGGGCAAAUUCCUCAGCUCAUUUUAUUAGUGGUGUACCUCAGGGUUCUAUCUUAGGCCCACUCCUCUUUAAUUUAUAUAUGCAUCCAUUGGGGGAUAUUAUUAGAGAUUUUUAUAGACUUUAUUAGAGAAUUUAUAUACUGAUGAUACUCAGUUGUAUAUUCCUUUGUAAUGAAUAGUCAAAAUCUGACAUGAAUCUGAUUGUACAGCAGUGCAGGAUAGAGAGCUGAUCAUGGAUAUUAAAUUAAUGUGUAUGAUUUAUAGAAAUCAAUUCAUUUUCUUUAAUUAUAAAUUGCAAUCUAAUAUUUGCGUGAUCAAUACACAUGUAGUUAGCAUUAAGGAUUACUUCAAUUUUAGUUUAUGCUAUGUUUUAUUUUUUUUAUCAAGUUUUGUGUCAGUUUGCAGUUUUGCAUCAGUUGAGAGUCAGCUGCGUCAGACAUGAACCAUCAAGUUUUGACACACAUCACAGAUUUAUUUGAAUCCCCACACUGACUUUAACUUCCACCUCUUAGGUCCUCCAGAGAUCUGUCAUCAUCUAAUCUGAGAUGUUUUCUGAUUGUCCUCAGUGAUUUAGCACUGUAAAUGAAUAUUGUAUUAAUUCUUUCUUGUGUUUUUGACUUUGUUUACAACCUACUUUUGUGAAAUUUUGCGAAUUGUUCAAUGUAUUUUAUGCAUGAUUUUCUGCAUAUGUUCAUCAAAAAUUAGGUUUUGAUUUGUUUCUGUCCUUGCUCUAUCCAUGGCAUAGAUGCCCAGAAUAAAACCCAAUCUAAAACCACCAAACCUAAACUGAACGCAUUA